AUGGCUCCCCUUCCAAGCCGUGUCAACGCCAACACACUCUCUCCUCGGGAGGACAAGAAAUACGAGGUUGACCAGGAGAAGGAAACCACCGUCGUCUAUCUACUCUUCGCGCUCAUCAUAGCCGCCAUCGUCAUCUUAUUGGGCUGCGCAAUCUACCAGAAGAUGAAGCCCAAGUAUAAGGAAGAAUGGAAACCCAAGCUUAAGCCUAAGCUUCGGGACUGCAAGGAGAAGUAUGAGGACUGGAAGGAGAAGACGGAGAUCUGGCGUGGCCCCAAAGAACCAAAGGCGCCCAAGCCUGCUCACGUGGCUGAUCGCCCUGUUUCUCAGGUUCCGGAGGUCGAACAGAUCACUUCUGGUCUGAAUCCGGAUUACCUGAAGAUGUCGACAGCGGUCGUCAUCUAG